GGUGGUGAAGAAUAGCAGACUUUGAUUAAAUCAGAUUACCGGAGAUUAUGCAGAUUACUUUAAAAAACAGCUAGCUGCUAUUGUUGGACUGGCUUUGGGAAGGUGGACGAGGAGGCUGUUGGAGAGGAUUCGGACUCUGGAGCACAGAAGCACAAGUAAAAAAUGCCGGUCAUCAACAUAGACGAUUUAACAGAAAAGGAUAAAGCAAAAAUGGAAGUUGAACAACUCAAGAAAGAAGUGAAGCUGGAGCGACAGCUGGUUUCUAAAAUGUGUGAGGAAAUUAAAACCUACAUCGUGGACAAGUCUGGAGAAGAUCCUCUUGUCAAGGGAAUUCCAGAAGAUAAGAACCCCUUCAAGGAGAAAGGAGGCUGUGUGAUUGCCUAAAAUUUUCUAGGACUGUAAUCUUCAGUCAAAUAAGUUGGUUUAGACCACCUGGCUCAAGUGGCACAUGAAGGACCUCCCUGUAUGGAAUGAAAAUGACUUACAAGUGUCCGUCCAUCGUACUUCUACACUUCUACACUUAACUUCUUUGGGGCGAUAACCCAACUGCACCGUGUCAAGGAUAUAAUGUUUCAUUCAGUCCUAGGCCCCAGGGGUAACAGGUUGCUUUGCGGGUUGUACUAGUUUCUUUUAAUAAAAUAUCUGUAAAUCCUGUUAAUGACCUAUUUUCUAGAAUAAAAUAAUAUGGUUGUAA